AUGGCGAAGCUCCGUAGCGUCUUCCUCGGGGCCGUUGGGUUGUUGGUGUGUUGUGGACUCGCGUUGACGCUAGCCGUUGAUUCGCAAGGUCCUUCGGGACGUAUCAGCGAUGGACAACAGGCGGCCCCCAAUCAGUUCCCGUUUGUCGUCGGCAUCCUUAUUUCGGGCACCUCUGAUCGAUCAUUCUGUGCCGGAGCGCUUGUAUCCCGUCGGUUCGUCCUUACAGCGGCAGCAUGUGUGGUUGGAACCAACACAUUCACGGUGCUACUGGGUGCGACCGAUAUGACCCGCAUUGAGCAGAUCAUCCCGGUGCUGAACAUCCCAUCGCACAUCAUCGUCCACCCGGGUUACAGCUCGCUACUGAACCGUGAUGACAUCGCACUACUCCAGCUAUCUCGCGAUGCUGACCUCACACCCAAUGUACAGGUGGCAAAUCUGCCACGCCGUUACCACACGGCUUUCACGUUCAACGACUGGUCAGCGACGGUGGCCGGUUGGGGCAACACCGGUAAUCGAGACAAUGAACCUAUCCCACUGCAACAGCUGCUGUACGCGACCGGUUCCGUGGUUUCCAACUUCGUUUGUGGCAUCUCGCACAGCUUCAUCCGCGAUGGCAACAUCUGCAGUUCAACCGACAAUGGUGGUCCGUGUAAUGGUGACGAAGGUGGUCCAGUUUGGGUGACUGAAGGUGGUGAGACGUUCAUCAUCGCUGUGCAUUCGUUCCAUUACGACGGACUGUUCGGAUGUGAUCGCGGACGAUCGUCUGUACAUACGCGUGUCACGGAGUACUUGGAUUGGAUCCAGGAUAACACCGACGUCGUCAUUAGACCGUAA